AUGGUCGCUUUCAAUUUGAAGACGGUGUUUACCAUUCAAGUGCCAGAACGAGAUGGCCAGACAACCAAUCAUCUUAUCAAUCAUGACAUUGUUCCAAUGCCUCCCUCGCGUCGAACAUGGGGUUGGCUCGAGUUCACCGGCUUCUUCUUCAUCUCCGAGUUCUGCAUUGGCGUCUGGGCCGGAUCAGCGGCCAUGCUAGGUAUUGGUCUUGCAGUGUGGGAAGUCAUGGUAUCUGGCUUAAUCGCAGGGCUGUUGAUCCUCGCAGUCGGUGGUGCCACUGGCUGGAUUGGUGGUGAAUGGCACAUUGGCUACACUGUUCUUCAGAGGGUCAUUUUCGGUAUGCUCGGCUCGUACAUCGGCAUUGUUAUUCGAAUUAUGCUCUCGAUUAUCUCUUUUGCGUCUCAGGCAUGGUUGGGCGGGCUGUGCAUGAGUACAAUUCUGAGCAGCUGGAGCCACUCUUUCUUGACAAUGGAGAAUACUCUCCCUGAGAGUGCACAUAUGGUCACUCGUGACUUUGUCGGGUUUGUGGUGUUCCAAUUCCUCUCUGUACCUUUCUUGCUCAUUCGUCCUGAGAGGAUCAUCAACCUUGUCAAAGUUGCCAAUGUCAUCACCUUUUUUGCCAUGCUUGGGAUAACAAUCUGGGCAACGAAAAAGGGUGGAUAUGGGCCAUUGAUCUCGCAGGGCUCAGCAUAUACAACAUUCUCUCGCCCCUGGGCCUGGUUUUAUUCCAUCACUUCAACUCUGGGCUCAAUUUCCGCCGGACUUAUCAACCAGGCAGACUUUACAAGGUUUACUAAGAAGCAAGGACGCCAGAUUCCUGGUCUUGCAUUGUGUCUGUAUCUCCCGGGCGUUGCUGUACCUAUGAUGGGUCUCCUCACUGCAUCUGCAACAGUCAACAUCUGGGGGGUACCGUACUGGAAUCCGGUUGAAAUUCUUCUCCAAUGGAUGAUUGACGAUUACUCUUCGAAGGCACGAGCUGCAGCUUUCUUUUGUGGAUUUGGAUUUGUUUGUAGUCAGCUUGCACUGAACACCGUUGGUAACGGGUUCGCAGCUGGUAUGGAUAUGGCCGGGCUGUUCCCCAAAUAUAUCAACAUACGAAGAGGAUCCUUGAUAUGCGCUGCACUUUCAUGGGUUUGUCAUCCAUGGCUUUACUACAACACAUCGUCAGUAUUCAUUGCCGUCAUGGCUUCGUUCUCGGUCUUCCUGGCACCACUCACCGGCAUCAUGAUCACCGACUAUUUCUUACUUCGCAAGCAGAAAAUCGAGCUCUCUGCUCUCUACACCCUAUCUCCAGAAGGCAGCUACUACUUUUGGCACGGCUUUAACUGGCGCACUAUUGUAGUGUGGAUAGUGGUUUUCGUCCCUGCAAUGCCUGGCAUGAUCGCCACCGUCAACACUAGCGUCAAGGUCAGUCAAGGGGCACUGUACUAUUACUAUGGGAACUAUCUCUUCGGAUUCUUGGAAGCUGGAGCAUUAUACUACGCCAUUGUUCGAUUGUUCCCACCACCAGGGCUAGGCAAGCAAGAUACUCAUGAUAUCUAUGGAACUUUCACGCCGGAGGAAGCUGCGAAGAAGGGCAUGGUACCUUUUUCGCCAUCCACGGAGUUCAAGGUUUCUGAUGCAGCCGAGUCUCUCGCCGACAAAGAGGAAAAUGCUAUUCAAACGGUCGCUAUCUCUACUGGGGAGAACAUGGUGGUGCGCGUAUAA